AUGUCUUCUCCUGGAGGUAGCCCCACGGCCGGAGGUCCAGGGAGUGCUGAGAUGCUCUUGGGUCAGAUUCUGCAGCAGAUGCAAGCUGGGAUGAUCCAGAUGAGCGCGGAUGCCAACCGGAGGUUUGAGCUACUUGAAGCGGCCAUGCGCGAGCAGGCCGUCGCGUGCCGAGCUUGUGUGGAGGCCCAGACUAAGACCCUUGAGUCGCUGGCGAAGAAGAGCAGCGUCGUGGACAUCAAGGGCGUGGGAAAGCCAGAGAUGCUUAAAGGACCCCACGAGGACGCGCGGAAGGUCUGGAAGACCUGGAGCUACAAGUUCGAGAGCUGUUUCAGCUCCCAGUCCCCUGCCAAGGGCGCAGGCAAGACCGAGCAGCCCAAGGGUGGUGGCAACCCGGACAAGGCGAACGGUGGAACCGGCCAACCGCCAGCGGCCAGCCAAAGAGACCAAAGGAGGAAAACCGCCGAAGGGAAAAGGAGGAAAAGGCGGCAAAACCGGCCGAGGCGGGGCCGAGGACCAGGGUGGCCAGGGGAAGAAUGGCCAGAAGAGGAGACCGGCGACGGAGAGCUCGGCCUUUUGCGCGUCCUGGGGCCAAGUGUCGACUCGACACUGAGCUUACCGGCGCCGGCCAAAGGGCAGAUCUGUCGUCCUGCCUUUGGCCCGUCUUCGUGGGCCUGGUCUCAGCCUUGGGAGGUUGCUUUGGCACAGUGCGCCGUGGGCAAGGAGAACACCGGAGAGACCAUCUACUGGUGCCCCGCUUCCGAAGAGGAGUCUGGCGACUCCGAGGAAAGCUCGGGCGACGAGGAGGAGGAGGAGGACGCCCGGCGAACAAGCGGCCAAAGAAAGACCCUCAAGGGCAAUUUUGCCAGGGUGGAGCCCGAAGGCGACCUCCGCAGCCACCGCUAUGGUCAAGGAAAGCCCACCGUCGCCACGAAGGGCAAAGAAGUCUCGACGCACUUCUCCGUCGGAGGAGAGACAAAGGAUGAGGCAGAGAGAUACCUCAACCUAAGACACCCCACGCCGGGUGAAGGACGACAAAGAGCCGGAGCCGAAAGCUCCCGAGAAGUUCGUCCCGCCACACAAGAAGCCGAGGCAGGGGUCUCCGAAGGCGGCACAGCGAAGGAACCGGAGCCGAAAGCUUCCGGGAAGUACGUUCCUCCGCACCUUCGGGCGAAGCAAGGAGGCCUAGCGUCGUCUUCGACGCAGGCCCCGGCGUACAGCGUGUCAAAGGCGUCUCGCUCGGUGCUCUUGGGCGAGAUGCUGAGCGCCCGUGUGGCCCGCAGGGAAGACCUGAACAAAGCCCUUGACGACCUUCCCGAGGGCGACCCUGCGCGUGAAGUGACCGCCGCCGAGAUCAAGGAGCUGGACAUCGUGAUCAGGAACGUAAAGGAGGAGCAGCGCGCCACCAGGAAAGGAGAGAAGGCCGGCCACAGUAGCCGGCAGGAGCGCGACAAGGAACAGAUGGGGGGCAGGCUUGCUUACCUCAAGGACAGGUCCAGGAAGCGUGCCGCAGAGCACCGCUUAAAGACCCAAAGGGAGAGGACAAAGUCCAACCUCUCCCGUCAGCUCACCUGGGCGCGUCGCUUCGACCAGCCAGGGGCUGGGAGGAAGACCCAGGUCUUUCCCCUGACCGAGAAAGAGCUUAAGCACGAGAUGGCGGCUGCACCGCUGUCCCGCCACGCGAGGACUGCCUUGCUCGAGGAGGUCACCCCGGCCAAGAAGAAGGCCAAGCACAAGAAGGAGCGGAGACGGGAGAAGCGGAAGAAGGCCCGUGUCGGCAACCUGGCCGCUUUCUCCAACAGCUCAGAGGGCCGAACGAAGCCCGGAGCAGGAACCGACGGCUGGACCCGUAUCGACUUCGUGGUCGACUCAGGGGCCAGCGCCACGACGCUCCCUCGGAAGGUGCUUGGGGAAACGACGGUCCUCAAGGCCCCGGUCGGGUACCACAGCUUCCGGCUGGCUGACGGAAGCCUGGUGGAAAACGAAGGGACCUUGGAGGCAAAAGCCUGGCUCCUGGGCGACGAGGUCUUGGAGCUCAAAGCCUCUGUGGCUGCGAUCUCUCAAGCCCUCUUGUCGGUCGGUCAGGUGACGUCGAGGGGCAACCGGGUCGUCUUGGGACCCAAGGUCAGCUACCUCGAGACAAAGGCGGGGAAGAAGCACCGGAUCUUCCUCAAGAAUGGUGUCUACGUCCUGCCAGUGUGGAUGGACACCUCGAGCAAGCUGCUAAGCUUGAGCCGUGGGAAAAGCUUUGCGCACCGUCGGGUGAACAGGCCUGGUGACCCGGAAGAGGAGAGCUCAAUAAAGGCUCUCGCAGAAGCUGUGAAGAACUCGUUCGCUGCCCGAGAAGGUGUUCGAGUCCAGCUGGAGAACUCGCCUGAGGGCGACGACCAUGGGAAGAGCAAUGGCGAAGCCGAGGCCGCUGUUGAGAUCACCCAAGGUCUGUGCCGCACCUACAAGGAUGCCUGUGAGAAAGGCCUAGGCGAGAGGAUACACCCCAAGUCUCCACUUUUGGGCUGGUUGGUGGAGCAUGCUGGCUGCAUGUACACCCUUUUUGCCCACGACGAGACUUUGAAAGAUGGGCUUACGCCCUUUAGGCACCUCAAGGGGCGCGACUGGGCCGUGGCCCUACCUGCUUGGGGUGAGACCGUCGACUACCGGGUGUGCACUAAGCACAAACUCGAGGCCCGGUGGCAAGUCGGAAUUUACUGUGGGGUGCGCUUGGGCACCACCGAGAAGAUUGUCGCCACAGAGGAUGGCGUGGUCGUUGUGCAGUCCAUCCGCCGCAAGCCGAAAGAGCUGAGGUGGGAUGCCGAACUGUUCAAGAAGGUGAAGGGGACGCCGUGGGCGCCAUCACCCAAGAAGGCAGCACGUCCGCACGAAGCUUUGGAGCUUCCAGCUGCCGUGGCUAUAGAGCCCGAGAUGCCCGACGAGGUGGCCACAGACGUCGAGGCAGGGCCUAAGCCCGAACUCCUCAAGAGAGUCUACUUGAGGACGCAAGAUCUCGAGAGACAUGGUUAUACAGCCUCGUGUCCGGCCUGCGAUCUGAUCCGCGCUGGCAUUACGAGGGAAGGUGUAAACCACAGCGAGUUCUGCCGCAACCGUGUCGUCACCGAAAUGGCCAAGACUGAAGAAGAGGGUAAGAAACGGCUAGCUGCGGCCAAGCUGAAGGAAACCCCUAAGUCGCGGCUUCGGGUGGGUGAGUCCGCUGAGGGCUCAGACCCGCAAGCUUCAGUCCCGGUGGUCAAGCGAACCACUACAGGGGGCCCCUCCAUUGAGGAGGCGCAGGCUUCAAAGAAAGUCAAGGCUGAAGAAGCCAAGCGAGCUCGUCUCGAUCCAGGAGGCUCUAGUGCUGGCUCAGCACAGGCCCCGGUCCGGGAGGCGAGCCGUGAGGUCUCUGAGCCGCCAGCCUCCGAGCGGUCGGCCCCCUCCAAGCGGCCUCACGAAGGAGGCGGAGGCGACGAGGACAUGGUCCUAGAUCUUAUCCUGUCGCUCCGUUCUGGGUAUCUAGCUUCGGUGGCUGGAGACCCUUAUCCUGUAUGUGAAGAAAGGUUCGACACAGAUGUCUACGAGAAGUUUGAGACGUCCUAUUGGGACGAUGUGUCGGGGAAACCACUUCGUCCAGAGCUUGUACAGGAGGCUCGAAAGGAAGAGGUUUCAACCAUCAAAGAGAUGGGGGUUUGGGAAGUGAUUCCCAGGCCUAAGGGAGAGAAGGUCAUAUCCACACGGUGGGUUGACAUCAACAAGAAGGACGAGGCGAACCCAAAGUAUCGCAGCCGCCUGGUUGCGCGUGAGCUUAAGAAGCGGUAUCCUGGAGGAGUCUCUCAGGAUGUCCACCAGCCUUCGUGGGAGGACUUCUAUGCUUCUAUGCCGCCAAUCAGCGCACUGCGUGUUCUGUUCGCCCUCGCCACAAGCAAGAGAGCACCGGACCUUGAAGGGAAGAUGCGCGACCUUCCGAAGGAUCAAUGCUUGGUCUUUCUGGAUAUCAAGAAAGCGCACUUCUGGGCCGAUGCUCGCCGCCGAUUACUCAUUGAGCUGCCCGCGGAGACUGGAGUCGAUACCUCCAAGUAUGUUGGACUUCUUCGCAAGAGCCUUUAUGGCACUCGCGACGCUCCAGCUAAUUGGGAGGCGACCAUCCUGCGAGUUAUGACUCAGUUGGGUUUUGUGCGCGGCCGCUCCAAUUCUUGCUUGUAUUAUCAUCCUAUUCGGGAAAUCCGGGUGGAAGUCCACGGCAAGCACUGGACUGUCGAAGUCCGUGGCUACCUGGGACCUCCUGGUAUGGUUGGUACCAAGCAGUCCAUCGACAUCCUCAACCGCUUGGUGUCGUGGAUCUCGAGAGGAAUUGAGCUAGAAGCUGACCCUCGCCAUGUCGAUAUCAUCCUGCGGGAAAUUGGCUGUGAGGGUGCCAAGGUCACCACUGCCUUGGUGAAGGAGAGGAUUGAAGAGGUCGAGAACGCUGAGCCUCUAUCCUCGGAAGAUGCUUCGUGGUACCGCUCAGUGAGCAUGAGGCUGGCCUACCUUUCACAGGACCGACCAGACCUUCAGGUGCUCGCAAAGGAGCUGGCCAAGGGCUUGAAGAGCCCCACCACGGCGCAUUUGAUGAUGCUCAAAAGAGGUGCUCGUUAUUUGCGCAACAGCCCUCGCUUGCUGCAGCUGUUUCCAUACCAAUCUUGCGUGAAGCGCUUGACGAAUUGGGUUGACUGGGGCAUUCUCUUGCCCAUCCAGGCCUUCAUGGAUGCCAGCACCGGACUAUCCAUUGGAUCCCGUCACGGUUUGGGACGUGUCAAACACAUUGACACCGUCUUUCUCUGGGUGCAAGACGUGGUUGCAUCCGGGAGGAUCUUGCUAGGCAAGAAGCACACCGACGAAAUGCUAGCAGACCUCCUAACCAAGCCGCUGGAUCGUGCUCGAAUCCAGCUUCUUCUGCAAGGAUUGAAUUGCGUCUAUGCAGAGGGAAGACACCACCUGGCACUGAAC